CACAUUGCUUGCAAAGGAAUCAUUCGUGAUUCUAGAUGUAACUCCCGUUAUACUUGAGAAGGAAAAAAAAACAAAACAGUUGAGUGCUGCUUACGAUCAUGUACAUUUACCCGAGCUCACCCGAAUCACAGUCGUUUUUGCAAACCGAAGAAAGUGCAGCAGCCAUUAAAAUUCAAGCUGGUUUUCGUGGCUAUCGUGUGCGCAAGCAGAUUUACCGUUUGAAGAAAGCGAACGGUGCUCACAACACACACAAGAGUACCGUACGACGUCAGCAGCAGCAGCGCACCGAUUUCAUGGAGGGCAAAACGAAACAGGCAGCAGCAAAAAUUGCUGACGGCAAACAGACGAAAACGAGCGUCAUCAGCUCAGCAACAGCAGACGCAGCUACGUCAGUCGAAGAUCGCUCGGCGACAAAAAUUCAAGCAGGCUUUCGCGGAUUUCUCGUGCGCAAGCAGCAAAAAAUAGCAACAAAUGCUGCUGUUAAAAUACAAUCAAGUUUUCGCGGCUUCAAGGCACGCAAGGAGGCGGAGAAAUUGAAACAGCCGUCAUAUUAAAAAAAAUACUCUUAGACAACUAUACUAAUGUAAAUGACUCUAUAUAUAUAUAUAUCUAUAUAUAGUCUAGUUAUGUGUACAUCCUGUAAAUAGGUUAAAGUAAAAAUAAUAGUCGCCAGUUAAACAAAAUAAAUAUUAACAUGAUAUGUGUUAAGUAAUUCUUAGUA